ACUAAAAGUGAAGAAGUAGAAAUAUGUAUGGUUAAACACUUGCAAGCGGAUCGAGAGGAGAAAUAUGAAGUAGUUGAAAAGUGGUUUUUGAAAGAUCUGGAGAUGAUUGAUGGAAAAGAAGCAGAUACUGACAAUCCAUAUUUUGAUAUGCACUUCCACAAAGUCUACAAUCUGGAAGCAUAUAGUUGUGCAUCUAAAUAUGCCUUUGCUCGAACGCUAACCAAACUGAAUGAAAUGUACCUUAAGAAGGACUUGAAGAUUGUGAACUUUGAUGACACCUACCUAAAUGAUGAUUCAAUCUGGUCAUCCAACAAUAGGGAUUGUUUAGUACUUAUGAGGAUAUGCUUCUAUGCUUCCAACCUUUUAUGUCUCUCCCUGUGUCCUCUGUCCUAA